AUCCAUAAAACCCUAGCAAAGAACGGAACAUGCAAUUGCAGGGCAACACUACCGUCGCGGCAAACCUCUGAAGAAGCUCAAAUUCAAGAACGCGCGAUGAGGACGCUGGACGAGAAGGAGACGACUCAGGUGUUCGAGAAGCUCUUCAAGUUCACCGGCAACAACCUCAAGAACAUCGUCGAGAGCCCCUCCCACGAGGGCCCCGACCCGGACCCUGGCCGCUACUGCUUCCGCCUCUGCAAGAACCGGGUCUACUACGCCAGCGAGUCGCUGGUCAGGCGCGCCACCAACAUCGGCCGCCACAACCUCGCCUCCCUCGGCACCUGCGUCGGCAAGUUCACCAAGGGCGGGAGCUUCCACCUGACGGUCCAGGCGCUGGGCAUCUUGGCCGCGAACGCGAAGCACAAGGUCUGGCUCAAGCCCACCUCGGAGAUGUCGUUCCUCUAUGGGAAUCACGUUUUGAAGGGCGGGUUGGGGAGGAUCACGGAGAACAUCAACCCAGGUGAUGGAGUCGUGGUUUUUUCAAUGUCCGACGUGCCUUUGGGAUUUGGGAUUUCGCAAAGAUCGACACAGGAUUGCAGGAAGUUGGAUCCAAAUGGGCUUGUUGUGCUACAUCAGGCAGAUAUUGGAGAGUACUUGAGGAUGGAGGAUGAACUUUGAAUGUGGGUUUGCUUAUACAUUGGUUUGUUUUGCUACUGUUGUUCAGAUCUUUGUAAGAGCAUUGUAACGGCAAUGAAUGACCAUGAUCUUGAGAUAUAAAAGAGAUGAAUUACGCAGU